AUGUUUCCCACAAAGGCCACUUCAAGAUUCAUUUUUUUCACUUUCACCCUUCUGUUACUUCUCUCUUUCUUCACCACCACCCUCAUCAACGCCUCUGAUCUUGACACUGAAAAUGAUGAUGAGGUGGAUAAAGAUUUGGAAGAACUUAUAGCAUUAGAUGAACAAGAAGAGGAUGAUUCUCAAGUGGUUGAUGCAGCUGCAAAAUUCUCUGAGGCAGAGUUGUUAUCGAAGGCUCAAAUGAUUGUUCUUGAGUUGAAUUCUGAUAAUGCGAAGAGGGUUGCCGAGGGGAAUGAGUUUGUGUUGCUUCUUGGAUAUGCACCUUGGUGUGCAAGAAGUGCCGAGCUUAUGCCUCAGUUUGCCGAGGCAGCAACUUCACUUAAGGAGUUAAAAAGUCCUCUUUUGAUGGCUAAAAUUGAUGCUGAAAGAUAUUCCAAGGCAGCUUCUGCACUUGGGAUCAAGGGAUUCCCUACUUUGUUACUUUUUGUCAAUGGCACCUCUCAAGCUUACACUGGUGGAUUUUCAGCGGCGGAGAUUGUGAUCUGGGCAAGGAAGAAAACUGGUGUACCUGUUAUUAGAAUAAACACU